AUGAAGCUCAUCGUAGCCGGCGCGACGGGUUUUGUCGGCAAGGAAGUCAUCCGCCAGAGCCUGAGCCGACACGAGAUCACCUCGGUCGUCGCUGUGGCGCGCAAGCCAGUCUCCGCCCCCGAUAACCUCGACGCUGGCGCCGACCCGUCCAAGCUGAGGAGCGUGGUGGUGAGGGACUACGAUGAUUAUAGUGAGGAGGUGAAGAGGGACUUCGCUGAUGCUGGGGCUUGCAUAUGGACCGUCGCAGUAACGCCGACCAAGUCCAGAGCGUACGAUUUCGAAGAGGUCAAGCGCAUCUGCCAGACCAGCGCGCUCACCGGCCUCCGCGCCAUGCACGAUGCCGGCCCGGCGAAGCCGAAGCCGUUCCGCUUCCUCUACAUGAGCGGCGCUAUGGUCGAGCGAGAACCGGCGAAGAAGCCGUGGUUCAUGCCUGAGUACUCACUUAUGAGGGGAGAGACCGAGACCGAGGUGCUCGCACUCGCGACGGAGCUGGGCGGCGUCGAGGCAGCGUGCGUGAGGCCGGGUCUCAUCGUAGCGCCUGGGGAGAUCAUGAAAUCGGUCGUGUCGUCCGUGCUGGGGGGGCUCACUGGCAUCCCCAGCAUUGCGCUUGGGGAUCUCACUGCUGUCAUGCUGGACCAGGUGAUAGAGGGGUUUGAGAAGGAACCGCUAAUGCCGAGGGACUUGGCGAGGCUUGUGAAGGAGAGGUGA